AUGCAUCUGUUACUCUCGCUCGCACUUUUCCUUGUUCUGGGCUACAAUGCCCUCGCAUUACCGACUAUGCAUCGCCCUGUUCACCAUGUCCGAAGAUCUCGAUCUUUCCAGAUUGACCGCUUUAAGCGUAGCGACUACGUCCGUCAUGGACAAAGAGAUCUCCAGAAAGCCUAUCGCAAGUACGGCAUUAUCGCCUCGGCGUCAAGCAAUAACGAACCAUACUCGUCUGAUCCUUUCGAUUUCGAACCUUUUGUCUGGGGUUUUGGAGGCUCUGGUACUCCAAGCGACUCCGCUACUUCAUCCAACUCCGCCACUACAUCCGGGACAGCGACGACCACAAGCGAUUCGACAGAAAGCCAGACCACCGCGGCUUCUUCCGAAGAGACUGGUUCUGUAGCAGCCAAGUCUGUCCAGGGCGACUCUGAAUUUGUGUCUCCAGUUUUGAUUGGUGGUCAGACUAUCUCUCUGGACUUCGACACUGGAUCUGCAGAUAUGUGGGUUCUGGGCAGCUCUCUCUCCUCCAAGGCCUCGAGCGACCGCAAGUUCUAUGACCCCAAGACUUCCAGCGAUUACGAAGAGGUCGACGGUAGCUUCAACAUUCAGUACGGCGACAACAGCUAUGCCAACGGCGACCUCGCCCAAGAUCUCGUGAACAUCGGCGGCGCCAUCGUCCCCAAACAAGUCUUCGGCAUCGCAACCGAUGCCUCCAGCGAAUUUCUCCAAGACACCGCCUCCGACGGGCUACUCGGCCUCAGCUUCUCCAAGCUCAACAGCUUCAAGCCAGGCCCCCAAAAGACCUUCUUCGACAACGUUGCUGCGGACCUCGAAGAGCCCGUCUUCACGACCCGCCUGCGCACGGACGCCGUCGGCGAGUACGGGUUCGGCGUCAUCGACCACAGCCUGUACCAGGGCACGAUGGCGAAUAUCAGCGUGGACUCGUCGGCCGGGUUCUGGGCGUUCAAGUCGGCGGCGUACGCGGUUGGGAACGGAGAACUGACCGAUUUCGACGACGUGACGACCGCCAUUGCAGACACGGGGACUACACUGAUGCUGCUGAGUCCGACUGUGGUCAAGGCGUACUAUGCGCAGGUCAGCGGGGCGUCGUACGCGAGUAGUGUGGGCGGAUAUGUCUUCCCGUGCAGCACUACGCCGCCGAAUCUGACGAUGAAACUGGGGGAUAGUUUCACCGCUACUGUGCCGGGGGCUUAUAUCAAUUACUCCCAGCGUGGUUCUGAGGAUUGGCUUGCUAAUUCUUUCUUUUUUUUGGCAGUCUGUAUGGGUGGUGUGCAGUCUAAUCAGGGGUCUAAUAUGCAGAUCUUUGGUGAUGUCUUCCUCAAGUCGUUCUAUGUUGUCUUCGACCAGCGCGGUCCUUCUCUGGGAAUCGCUUUGACUAAAUAG